UGCGCGCAGUGGAAAGAAAACAAUAAAAAUACAAAAUUCUGCAACAGCAGAAGUGCGGCUAUCAGUAGAAAAUCGAAACAAGCUACAGAAAAAAAAACUAACAAAACGGUGGAUCAGUAUUCGGCUGUAGUCGCUAGUAUCGAAUAAAAACAUUCGUACCCGAAGCGGCACCGGAGUCGGACGGUUUUCUUACGCGACGGAUCUGCGUUAGCUCGAGAGUCAUUCGACUAGUGUUCUGCUUUUUCUAACGUGGCUUCUCCUGGCUUGCAUCCCGUUUGCAGAACCAAUCGGAAAAGCCCAGAACGGAAAUCAAGUGUGUGUAUCGAGAGUGUGCCGUGUAAAAAUAACGAGAAUAAAAUUUUGAUUCUGGAGUCCGUCCUGCCCGGGCGAGGAUUCCGUGUGCGAUUUUCAUCUUCGGGACAACAAAUUUCAGAAUUUCUUUCGACCAAAUCUUGUAACGACAGCCAAACACACUACGAGUGUGACUUAUUAGCUCGGUGCAUCCGUUAACACCGCGUAUGUUUUAUCUAUCAAGAGACCGUAGUUCGUAUUUUGCUUGUGACAUUCGUGAGUGUGUAACAUUUUGGUGCAGCAAUAAUUAAACCCCAAAUCCGGUUGACUGUAUGCGUCCGAAUACUACGACUGUUUACGAUCGCUACCGUUGGAAAAAGAUGGACCAGCCUGGGGACAGAAAGCCGGAGAAUGGCACCACCGGGCAGAAGAUUCCGGUGCUCGCAGGAACAAACGCUACAUCGGGCUCUGCAGGAACGGUCGCUGCUUCCGGUUCGCCACCCGCCGGAAUACCUGGUUCCGGGGGAACAUCACCAUCAAGACGUGUUACCAAGCGGAAAAGUUCGUCAGUCAACAUAGCGGCAGGAAGUGCAACUGCUCGGAAGCGUCGCAAAUUGCAGCAGACACAGCUGAAAGCGGGUGAGCCAAGCGCGGAACAGAUUCCCCAGACCAAGAAUACGGUGGCAGUGCUGAACGAGCUGAAGCGCAAUCUGGUGUACAACCUGGAGUCACAGACCGGGCCGGUUCAUGCCCCCCUAUUCAGUAUGUCCGUUGUGGUUGACGGCCAGAAGUUCGUCGGUCAUGGUCGCAGCAAAAAGCUCGCUCGUAUUGAAGCGGCCGCAGCAGCGUUGCGGAGUUUUAUUCAGUUCAAAGACGGUGCCACCUUGACUCCGAUCAAACCGUUGCACAACGUAGAUUUCACCAGUGACGAUCCGAUGAUCGAGAACAGCGUCUUCCCACUGUCGGACCCUCCGGCAGUAUCGGAACCGGUUGUAACCAGUCCGUCUACAGCGAAUUCCGGCAAAUCUAGCAGUAAAGGCUCACCAUCCGAGAAGAAUCACAUUUCACGUCGAGCUGAAUCCAAGGAACGAAAGAACAAUGGCAACAACAAUAAUAUCACCACCACCACCACCAACAACAACAAUGUGCACUCAACAAAUAACAGUAAUUCCCCUUGUCUGUCCAAAACAAGUUCACUUUUCAGCUCUCAUAUUAAUGAAACUACUAGCUAUUACCAACAAUCCGCUAGCCAUAACAGUAAUAUAAAUAACAGCAUCUUUAAAAGCAACACUGCUUCCGGUUUUCCUCCUCCUCGUCCUGAAACCUACCACAAAAGUACAGUACACUAUCACCACAACCAACAUCAACUCCAAACGAACCACUAUUCAAACCAAUACCAAAUUCACCCACCACACAACUAUCACUCGCAACAACACCAACCAUACGUACACCACAAUCACAAUCAAGUGGUGCAGCAUCAGCAAUUGUUAGCGUCUCCAAAUCAUCACACCAGCAAGAUGGGCAGUGUUGCCAGUAGCAUCGGCACCGGUGGCAGUGGUUCCAAUUUGAACCCGUUCGCCGUGGCCAUUGAAGCGAAUGUCUUCAAUCCUUCCUCUACUACCAUCACCAAUAACAAUAGUAAUAAUAAGUAUUUUCCUACUAAUUCUACCUUACUCAAUCUCCAUAACGAUCGUUGUAAGCGUACCAGACGAAAUAUUAAUAUUGAUUCAUUUAAUGCUCUACCACCAACAACAAAACUAUUAUCACUAUCAUCACAACACCGCCUACCACAACAAUCACCAGUAUUAGUGACUACUACUUCCACUACUGCUAGCCAGCCGCAAAGUAGCAUUAGCAACAACAACAUGGCGGCGGCGAUGACGACGGCGACGACGGUGGUUCCGCCGGUGACCGUAGGUAACACCGCCGCGCAGAACGGGCACCGACAGGUGGUUGACAUGAUUCAGCAAAGUUUAGAUAUAUUUAAAAAUUCCAAUGAAAAGAAUGUAGCAUGGAAGAAGCGAUUAGAAAAGCUCAAAGCAUCGGCAUCGAGCGCAUCGCGGAACGGAUCAUCGGGCCAACCGCCGAAACCACAGCCGGAAAAGGGACCGGUGAUGCUUCUACACGAACUGUUCACCGACGCGAUCUUCGAGUGCGUCUCAACCGAUGGUCUUCAGCAUUCGAAGUUUACCGUCGUUGUCACCGUGGAUAACCAGCGAUUUGAGGGAACAGGACCAUCGAAAAAGAUGGCCAAAAAUGCGGCAGCAAAGGCAGCCCUCGCUUCGAUGUGCAACAUCUCGUUCAGUCCACUGCAGCAGGCUAAGUUCGGUGCACUGAUGAAUUCGGCCUCGGGUACGUUGGGUGGGACUGGCGGUGGUGGCGGCGGCGGUCCCGGACUGGGAGUUAACGGAGAUGGUAGCGGAAGUUACGACCAGAAGAGCGUUGAGUUACCUCAAACGUUCGCGGAUGCCAUUGGAAAGUUGGUUAUUGAAAAGUUCAACGAAGUUAUGAAAGGUAACGAUGUGUACUCCCGACGAAAGGUACUGGCGGGUAUCGUUAUGACCGAAGGAUACGAAGUUAAAACAGCUAAGGUCAUAUCGUUGGCCACCGGCACCAAGUGUGUUAGUGGUGAGCACAUGAGCGUUACUGGUUCGGUCAUCAAUGAUUCACAUGCGGAAAUCAUCGCUCGUCGUGGCUUGUUGGACUUUUUCUACUCUCAGCUGGAUCUGCUCAGUGACAACAAGGCUUCCAAUAGUAGUACAACAAUGGCUCAAUACAACGGAAAGCAAGGCAAUAAUACGAAUACUAGGAAUAAUAACAAUAGCGAACAGCAGGAACCGUCAGCGGAAGAACCGGAAGCAAGCAUUUUUGUGGGACCGAUCGAGGGCUCGACAUUGUACCGAUUGAGGGAUGGAAUUAACUUCCACUUGUACAUCAACACAGCCCCUUGCGGGGAUGCUCGAGUUUUCAGUCCGCACGAAAAUGACAACAUGGAUGUGGAUAAACAUCCGAACCGGAAAGCUCGCGGUCAACUGCGCACCAAGGUGGAAUCGGGCGAAGGGACGAUACCGGUCAAGAGCAGCGAGGGUAUUCAGACGUGGGAUGGUGUCCUGCAGGGGCAACGUCUGCUGACGAUGUCCUGCUCGGAUAAAAUAUCACGCUGGAAUGUACUCGGUUUGCAGGGAUCGCUGCUCGCGUCCGUAAUCGAGCCGAUCUAUCUGCACUCAAUCGUGCUGGGCAGCUUGCUGCAUCCGGCCCAUAUGUACCGUGCAAUCUGCGGUCGUGUGGAAAAUUCCAUCCAAGGUCUGCCACCGCCAUACCGGCUAAACAAACCUCGUUUGGCACUGAUGACAUCGGCGGAGUCCCGAAAUCAAACCAAACCGCCGAACUUCAGCAUCAACUGGGUGAUUGGAUGCAGUGAGGUGGAGAUAGUUAACUCCUUCACUGGCAAACUCAUCAACAACAACACCAACACCAACAAAAUGUCCCGGCUAUCGAAGCAGUCAUUCUACAGGCGGUAUGCUGCAGCCAUCGAGAAACUCCCGAGCGUACGUUUCCGUGAGGUGAAACCCAGCUACUACGAGACGAAGAUGUGCGUUCCCGAGUACCAACAGGCAAAGAAGGAAUUGUUUGCCGCAUUCGCGAAGGAGGAUUUGGGUGACUGGUUGAAGAAACCGAUCGAACAAGAUCAGUUCACAUUGAUUCCGCCCAGACCGGACGAAACGGUAAGCGUAACCACUGGCAACAGUAACAGUAACAACAGCAGCAGCGGAUCUGUCUGUGGUAGCAACACGACUGGACCGACGUCCGGCGGUAAAUGACACCAGGCCAAGCAAUCCGGUAAACAUCAUAGUUCUCCCGGCAGUUCGUCCUCCAAUGCCAGACUGUUCUGAGAGCGACAGCGAACGGGUAUUUCGAAUACUUAAACCCGUUCUGAUGAGAGUGUGGCGUGGCAAACAGCGAUGAAAUGUGUGUGAAUCGGUACCUUAUUAGUUUCGGUAUCUUUUAUAGAUAGUAGGCUUAGACUGUUCGAUAUCGUACGAUUAUCGACGUAAUUGUCUAGCAUGUUAUCACUGUAAUCUUUUUUUUUUUACUUAUCAGUUUUCUUUUUCGAACAGUGAACCUUAUUAUAACGAAUUUUAUUUUACGUUUGUUUUGAAAACGAUGGAAACAGCUCUCAUUGUAGGUAAGAGCGAUGGAAUAAUUAUUAACAUUCAGUCUACGACAUUAGAUAUAGAAUAGGGGUUGAAGGAUAUUUUUUGUUAAUAACUGUAGAGAACAUGAAUUCAAUGAAUUAACUAAAAAGGGAAAAACAUAUUUUACACACUUUAGAUUGAUUUAAAAUUCAACAUCACUGUGGUUUCCGCGCAAUAACCAAAUACGUAAAAUUUAUUCAGAAAUCUUUUUCACACUUGGGAUCGUAAUUUUUAAUUUAGAGUAGAAUAAUCUCGUACCAUUUGCGAACCAGGAAGCUUGUGGAUCGAGUUAUAAUAGCGUUCAAUCAAAAUCGGAUAAAUGGUACACUGGCCAUGAUUUUUCAACAGCAGAUUUUAAUCAAACUUCUCCAUCUUCACACUAUCAGUCCCAAUGAAACUUGAAAACGAAAUGUUCGCAAGCCUCACACAGACCUUUCACGAAGUGCUAAGUUGUAAGCAAAAAACAGUGCAAAUGGUUGAUUCUGAAUAACAGGACGACAACAAAAUAGGGAUGGUUAAUUUCAAUUGGUUAGUGAAAAAGCAGUGACGCCACAGAAGUGAACGCGAAUACAAAGAAACAAAAGAUAGUUGAGGCAAAAGUAUAUCUCAUACAAACCAACGAACUAUUUAACAGCAGUAGUAGAACGAACGUGAAAGUGAUAGUAUGUAUAUCCAUUUAAUAUUCAUCAUAUUCAUCGCCUUACACAGAGGCAUUCAAUCGUUUGAUCGACAUAUUUCAAGUAAAGAUAAUAUUUCAGUAAUUAUUCAAAUUUAAUCCUGCAGGAGAAGAGCGUAAUAGCCAUACGAUUGAAUCGAACCGUCAAUCGCUGUUGGUCCGCAGACCGACAGAUCAUCCCCAAAUCGACUGAAACACAUAGACAACAACAACAAAUUAGUAUACUAGUUAUUAAUAGGAACUAACGGUUAAUCAAAGCCAACUGCUAUUUGAAGGUAUCACUGUUUUUUCUACGGCCCCUUUUAGGCAUUACUGACGUGAAUGAGUAGGAUGAGUGCGAACAUACUGCUAGAACUGUCGCCACGUGGAUCGGUUUCAACGCAUGGUCUGUGGGCAAAGUCAGGCGAGGUGAUGAGUUGAUUUGAAAAUGUUAAUUGACUCCGUCAAUGACAUCGUAAAAUCUUCUGUCAAAUUGAGGAAUAAUGAUCGUUAAAAAAUACACAGACUGUUCGUCAAAACGGUGCAACUCUCUUCAAACAUACAAAAUUAUGGUUGCGUUUCAAGAUCAUUGGCUUUAUUGGAACUUUUCUAUGGGACCGUACAUUUUCCUUGAAGCUACCCAUCAUAUGGGCUAACCAAUUCCAUCAGUUUCAAAUUCAGCUUAUUCUUCAAUACCGUAGUCGUUUUACAUUCGUGAUUUAGUAUUAUUUUUAUUGGCUUCGGUUUGUUCAGAAGGCUGACUUCUUUAAAUGCUCGUAAUAACUUCCCGACUGAAAUAGUGUUUGGUUUUUGUGAAAGACUAGGGUGGGCUACGAUGGUGCUGCAUCAACAAAUCGCAUGCCAGAUAAGCAAUUUGAAGUUUACUUUUCGGGUGAUUUCAAUAAUGCUCAAUCUAGAAUCUGGACGAGGCAUUUAGUCUCGUCGCCUAUAAGCUAAAAGCUUUUGGCAAUCAUGUUCUGUACAUUACUACGGAUUGAUGCCUCCUGAGUUUUGAAUAGUAGUAUACUGCCAUUUUACGCAUAAUUGUCCCAUGUGCAUUGGAAAUUCCAUAGAAUAUGAAACAAUUUUGCGCAAAACAACAGUAUACACCCUAUCCACCUCUUACUAAGUCUAGUUUUACGAAUCUAAACUUGUUCUCGCUGACAAUGAACGUCCGAGAACCGGAAAAGUUCCAAGAUGAAGAUUUGAUGACGUUGCUCUAUGACGAUCCGUGCCAAGCACUUCGGCAGUUAUCCAUAACACUUGAACCUCCACUUUUUGAACAGAGCUUUGCAGGAAGAGCGGCUUUAAUAUGAAGCUCGUCACGACAAGCUUUAUGACUGUGCAAGAUCUCAUGUUUCGAAAAUCGUAAAUUACUAAUUAGAAAAUGCUGAAAUGGGCAUUGGACGUUCUGUUCCACUGGCCAUAUUUACCGGACAUUGCUCCAUACGAUUACCAUUUGUUCCAAUCCAUGACACAUGGCUUGUCAGAGCAGCACUUCAAAAAAAUACGAAAUGGUCAAUAAUUGGAUCGAUUAAUUCAUCGAAUCUGAAGAAAAAAAUACCUUCUCUGCUUUAUUGUUAUUUUUUUCAAUUCACCGGAAAACCGGAGAAUGUUCCAUAGAUCCAGAAAUUGUUUGUGUUUAUUUAUUUAUUUGGAUGCAGGCAAAAGAUGGAGAUGAAAUGUGGCAAUCUCUAUCCAGCAGGCAUAAAACCUCCUCAUCAUUUGUAUCAACAGAUUACAAUGAUCCAACAGAUACAUUUAGACUGUAACUCUAUGACUAGUUGAUGACACCAAGCAUAACAGUGCAGUACUAGUGCUCUUGCUUAGAAGGUAAGAAAGAAGAGUUCGUCCAGAGAAUCGGAGAUUUUCCCCCAAGCCUAAGGUGGUAACCUCUCUGACAAGUAAACUUAAACGUAGCUUGGGCUUCUAUUUACAAGUUCUUAUCGAAUAUUGUGUACUUAGAUGCUAUAGAGUCGACCAAUAAGCAUUAUAUUUUGUAAUAUAUUCACAAAGCCCUAUCGUAAUAGGCCCUUAUCACAAGUUGAUAUCGAAAAGGUAAAAAUUUUGACUAAAAUUUUAGGAGAACUGGUUGAUUCCUGUUGCCUAUGCGUCCGACAACAUUGAUUGUUAUAUGAAGGUUUUUUCUCUAAAUAUAUUUCCAGUGCAAAUAUUUUACACUGAAUAAUUCAAAUGACUUCAUACCAAAUCUCUUAUGGUCAUGUUAAAAAAAAUCAACAUCAAUUAUAAAUCAGAUGAGCGACUUUCGACUGUCCAUACAUUAAACUGCUUGCUACGAAUCAUGGAAAUUAAAUUGCAAUCCAUAUUUUGUAUCAGGAAAAAAUGAACAAUUUAUCAUUUCAUGAUCCGUGAUCCCUGUAACCAGGCAAAUACCGAACACGUCGGCAACAGUUCUACUGAGUCUUUGGCUGGUAUCAAUUUUAGAUUUAGUGUAUCGUUAAUUUUUUUGAUCCUUUGACGUUUAAUAGUAGAAGUGCGUGUACCUUGCGAGCUUUCAAGUUUUGAGAUAUUUGUUAAACGAUAGUUUUCCCUUUCUCUCUCUCAAAAGAUACGAAUAGCUUUUCUGUAUAGUUUCCAAGGCUGGCAUUUAGUAGAUACAGGGAUUCUACGCCGUUGUUCAAACUGUGUGAAAAAAGUUAGAACUAUAGUUCUGGAAAUGGUUGUAAGGUUUCGAAUGAGAUUCGAUUUGUUCAGGUACAUUUGCACGAUUCAUAAUUCAAAGGACGAUAUUGAAACGCGAUUGAUUGUGAGUUCUCUAGGUAAUGUUUGUGAACUUUCGGAACCAUUCUUCGUAAGGGAAAACAAUUAGUUUUGUCAACUUAUCGAAUUCUAUUCCUUUCAAUCAUUUUAUCUUCUUUGCAUUUAUAGUCAGAUUUUUUAGAAAGUUUCGAUUUAUUUUUUUGUCUUCGCCACAAAUACUACCAUGAUCAAAAAGUUCCCGGAAUCACCACCGUGUGGCGCUCUCAGCACCCGAUUCGAUUUUUUCUUAGGUUGCCACAUCUGCCAUUGACAUUCUAUCAAAUUUUCAGCUUGAUACCUGUACAUUUGUAAAAGCUAUGCUGUAUUAAGUACAUCUGCGAUUGUGCGUGUUCUCGAUUUUGUACAAUUUCAUCCAAAAAAGUAUGUUGCAUGUCACAAAAGACAUGAUUUUCAAGGCCGAAUCUGACCCAACAAUCAUCAAACGGAUUAUUACUGGAGACGAGACGUGAAUUUACGAGUAUGACACGCAAUCCAGGCAUCAAGCGAGUGAAUGGCGUACGUCGUUUUCAGUCGAAAAAAAAGACGAUACUUACAGUUUUCAUCGAUUACAAGGGUGUUGUAUAUCAUGAACUCCUUCCACAAAGCCAGAUUGGCAACAAGGAGUAUUAUUAGAGGUUUGUGUGAAGCAAUUUGCCGAAAAUGACUAGAUUUGUGGGCAAACAACUCGUGGAUCUUGCACCACGAUAACGCACCGUCACACAAUGCCAUCAUUAUCGGUGAACAUUUGACUAUGAACAAAACUAGAUUGGAUCAAGUGCUGGCAUAAGUUGAUGUUGAUGAAUAAUCUUGUAUUUUUAAUUUUCUGAAUAAAUUUCGGGAACUUUUUGAUCAGGGUAGAAGGUCGUAAUCUGAAGGGGCUAAUUCUAGCGAGCAAGCCGCAUGAAUAACAUUUCCCAUUCGAACUCCUCUGAUUGCUCCCGGACCGGUUUCGAAGGCACAAAUCUCCAAAUAACUAGGGAAACGUGCCACUUAAGACAAUUAGUUCUGAUUCCUGAAGCCGCAUGCGAUAACACUUCGCAUCCGAACUCCUCUGAUUGCGGAGACGGAUCAUUGAUGUGAGACGGAGUAUUUUCACGAGGAAUUUUUACCUUUUCCCCCUAUGGUACCAUAUUUUGGCUCAAAUCGAUCAUCUGUUAUUUGUAGCGUUGAGAAUGGUUCUUUUUAAUCACUUCAUAAAUUUACACCACGUUGAAUUCCAUCAAUCGCAGAUCAUUGUUUUCCCACCUAAUCGAUUUACUUUUGCAGUCGAUGUUUUUUCAAUUUUUUUGACAGUCCUCCACGUAUCUCGUGUCUCAAAAAUAAGUCAUUUUUAAAGCGUUGAAACCUUCUCUUGCAUAUUGCUGCUGUGUGAGCAUAGACGACCUUCAACUUCGAUGACAUUUGGCAGCGUAUUUCUUCGAAUGAAAACAAAAAAUCAACAAUGUCCACUAUUACCUUACCUUACCUAACAGCUAUAGGGGUGUCCUUUGCUGUAUCAUGCAUACGUCUCCACAUAACUCGGUCCAUGGCUGCUCGUCGCCAAAGGCACUCAAGGCACGGAUGGUUCUGAGAUCACCCUCCACUUGAUCGAUCCACCUUGCUCACUGCGCUCCUCUUCUUCUUGUACCAGUCGGAUUAGAUUCAAGUACCAUUUUCACUGGGCUGUCGUCCGACACACUUAUGGCAUGUCCAGCCCAUCGUAGACGUCCGAUUUUAGCUGUCCGUACGAUGGGUGGUUCUCCUAGCAGCUGUUGCAAUUCGUGAUUCAUACGCCGUCUCCACGUUCCGUCUUCCAUCUGCACUCCGCCAUAGAUGGUCCUCAGUACCUUUCUUUCGAAAACACUGAGGGCGCGUUGGUCCUCUGCCAACAUAGUCCAGGUCUCGUGGCCAUAGAGAACAACCGGUCUAAUGAGCGUUUUGUAGAUGGUCGAUUUCGUGCGGUGGUGUACUUUUCUCAAUCGAAGGGUUUUUCUGAGUCCAAAGUACGCACGACUCCCUGCCAAAAUAUGUCCCUGAAUUUCUCUGCUGUUGUCAUUAUCAGCGGUCACCAGUGAGUCCAAAUACACGAACUCGUCAACCACCUCGAUAUCGUCACAGUCUAUCAAUAUUCGUGGUGGGAGGCGUAGUGUUUCUUCUCUAGAGCCUCUUCCUCUCAUGUAUUUCAUUUCGACGCAUUUAUGGCCAGUCCGAUACGCCUAGCUUCAGCUUUCAGUCGGAUGUAGGUUUCCGUCAUCUUCUCAAAGUUACAUGUCACAAUAUCAAUAUCGUCAGCGAAGCCAAAAAGUUGUAUGGACUUUCGGAAGAUCGCGCCACUCGUGUCGAUCCUCGCUCUUCGAAUCACACCUUCCAUGGAAAUAUUGAACAAGAGAGAGUCCAUCACCUUGACGUAGCACUCUCCGAGAUUCGAAAAGACUCGAGAGCGUCCCAGAUACUCGGACGUAGCACAUCACUCUAUCCAUCGUUGCUUUGACCAAUCGCGUCAGUUUAUCCGGGAAACCGUAUUCGUGCAUUAUCUCCCAUAGCUGUUUUCGAUCGAUUGUGUCGUAUGCCGCUUUGAAGUCAAUGAAUAAGUGAUGUGUGGGUACGUUGUAUUCACGACACUUCUGGAGUACUUGUCUUAUCGCGAAUAUGUGAUCCGUAGUGGCGCGGGCUCCAGUAAAUCCCACUUGGUACGGCCCAACGAGUUCCUUAGCUAUUGAUGAUAGACGACGGCAAAGGAUUUGAGAGAGUACCUUGUAGGCGGCGUUGAGCAAUGUGAUUGCGCGGUAAUUGCAACAGUCUAGCUUAUCACCCUUUUUGUAGACGGGACAUACCACCCCAUCCAUCCAUUCCUGCGGUAGAAUCUCCUCCUCCCAAAUCCUAGAAAUCAUCCAGUGCAGCGCUCUAGCCAGUGCCACUCCUCCAUGUUUGAGCAGCUCGCCUGGUAACUGGUCAUUGCCCGCGGCUUUGUUGUUCCUCAGCUUGCCGAUCUCCUCAAUUAUCUCCGACAGAUCAGGGAAUCUUUCGUCGGCUGAGCGUGCACCCACAUUGAUUCCUGUGUCGUUCUCUGUAUCCUGUGCUUCGCCAUUCAAAUGCUCGUCAUAGUACUGCACUUCUACCUGUCGAUCACCUCACGUUCGUUCGUGAGAAGGUUACCACUGGUAUCUCUGCCCAUUUCGGCCUGUGGCGUGUAGCCUCUACGUGAGCGGUUCACCUUCUCCUAGAAAUUCCGUGUGUCAGUUGCGCGGUACAGUUGUUCCAUCGCUUCGCGAUCUUGGUCUUCCUGGUGGCGCUUUUUCUUCCGGAAAACCGUGUUCUGUCUGUUCCGUGCCUGUCUGUAUCGUUCCUCGUUCGCUCUAGUGCGGUGUUGCAGCAUCCUCGCCCUUGCUGCAUUCUUCUCUUCGACCAACUGCUGACAUUCACCGUCAAACCAGUCAUUUCCUCGACUCGAUAACCUCGUACCUAGAACGGUUGCAGCAGUGCUACUCACGGCGGACCUUAUGUUCCUCCAGCCGUCUUCAAGAGUCGCCGCGCCAAGUUGCUCUUCCGUUGGUAGCACUAGCUCCAGUUGUUGCGCGUAUUCCUCUGCAGUACGAAUGCUACGUAGCUGCUCGAGGUUGAGUCACGGCGUUCCUGUGCGACGAGUAUUGUGCACCGUCGAUAGUUUUGAGCGCAUACAAACCGCGACAAGGUAGUGGUCAGAAUCAAUGUUGGCACUGCGGUAAGUGCGGACAUUGAUGACGUCGGAGAAGAAUCGCCCGUCGAUGAGAACGUGGUCGAUUGGAUUUUCCGUAUGUUGAUCAGGUGAUCUCCAGGUGGCUUUGUGGAUAUCUUUGCGGGGGAAGAACUUCUAACUACCAUUCCUCGGGAGGCUGCAAAGUUUACACAUCGUUGACUGUUGUCGUUUGUUACCGCGUGCAGGCUCUUCAGCCCGAUCACGGGCCUGUAACUUGCCUCCCGGCCUACCUGAGCAUUCAUGUCGCCGAUGACGAGUUUUACAUCCCGACUUGGACAGCUGUCGUAGGUUUGUUCCAGCUGCGCGUAGAAUGCUUCCUUCUCGUUAUCGGGUCUCGUCUCAUGUGGGCAGUGCACGUUGAUGAUGCUGUAAUUGAAGAAACGGCCUCUGAUCUUCAAUACGCACAUUCUAUCACUGAUUGGCUGCCACCCAAUCACGCGCUGGCGCAUCUUGCCCAAUACUAUAAAUCCCGUUCUUAGAACGCUGGUUGUAGUAGCCGCUCUAUGCCCACCUUUUCACACCUUCUGCCCCGUCCAACAAAGUUCCUGCAGUGCUACGACAUCGAAGCCGCGGAUUUGAAGCUCAUGCAGCAUUCGGUCGUAUCCUGGGAAGCCAUGUGCCAAGCUUCCAGUCGUAGUCCUUAGUUCGUCGCGUAGGUCUUUACUGAUUAUUCCGAGUCGUAUUUCUUUCUUGAUCGUACGUAACAUGUGUUUUCCGGGCGGCUUGUUAGGCCUUCACAAACCUUCUGUCUCGCCGGAGGGCCAUCGUGUCAGCACUGUUUAGAGUCCCACACUGACACAAGGACGGUAAUCAGGCGCUCCUAACAUGGAGAACAGACGCUGUUUCGAGCCGCCCCAACAUGGGGAAUAGACGCUCGGGUUGGCUCACUCUCUGUAAAGAGAUGGCAAGCCCCCCCCCCCCCCCCUACCCUGUCAGCAUACGAUCAAGGUCCCACCAAAGGUUGGUACCCGAUCUUUCCUAUAGUUACUCGUACCCCAGCCGGCACCGCGGGGAGGUAGGGAUAGGAGUUACUGGACAAGAGGCUAAGAACCACAUUGGGGCCUGAAUUGCGCAUUGUCCAGUCGUUUACCAACCUGCUAGUCAGAUAACGAUAAGAUAGCAUGAGGUUGUUUGAAGUAUUUCGUUAAUUUGCUCAGCGGACGCGUCAUUUUGUAUGUUGGUGUUUUCAUAUCUAAUUCGGACAUGUUCUAAUCAUGUUACACGUUCUCGUCCAUUUUCCGAUGUUAGCAGAGUUAUAAAACAACGAGCGUCAAGAGAUUUUACGAGUAUAAUAUAAGGUUGUAGAAUGUUGAAAUGUGUUUCUUUUGAAAGCUUAUACAUAUAAUUAAAUUCGCUUGUCAUUCGUGCAGUGGUUAGUAGUAGACGAUAUUUAAUAUUGCCUCCAGAGGGAAAAGUAAGAAUGAGAUGGCUGAGAAUGAAUGAGUCCAAGUGAGAACAAAUAAAGUUUUUAAAGUGUUUGUAUAUGUGUAAAUGUCGAUAAUAAAUUGAAAUAUUUACUGUGAUAUUAAUCUUUACUUCAAAUAUUGACAUUCGUAUCAAAUAAACAUUGACAAGUAAACAAUAAGUAAUGGUAAUUAGGUAAACCAAGCUGAAAAACCAAAACAAACAAAACGUUCACUUGUGGAAAUCCAGUUUCUUAUUCAUAGCGAUUAGUAAUCCGAUGAUCAAACAUGAAUCGGAUCGUUGUUCGAUUUUAAUAGUACUGAAAUAGUAAUCAUUGCAACAGUGUGCACUGCUAGCAAAUGUUGUCCGGCCCUACUCGGAGGUAGACAGGAAAGUCAUCUGAUUUCAAUUUCGAUUUGUGGUCAGCUCGUUCGAUGUCACCCAUGGCAGAUUGUCCCGUUUAGGAAAUUGUUAUACCAGCACACGUUGACAUUAGAACAAGUUGACAGUAGCAAACACAUCCAUCCCGUUACUGAACUCAAAUCAAAAAGGCAUCAAAGAAAUCAUUGACUUUCUAAGAAUCAGCUUCAAACCUCACAUUGAUCGAAGUUUACUAUGAAAAAUAACGAGCAAAACUAAAAUAAUAAACAUUUAAGGGCUGUUUAAUAAUGCAUCUAUUACAGUUUAGCAACAACAAAAAAAAAAACAGUUAUCAGUAUUUAGUAAACAAGCAACAACAUUUUCGCUUUCGAUUUUUCUUUUCUUAUUUCUAACACUCAUACCAAUGCAACUGUACAACGACAGCAAACACACUGACACAUUCAGACAAAAAACCACUCGCAACAAAAUCAAACACUUGUCGAUAUACCGGUCUUUGCCGGUUGCUAGCCAGUGCUUUCUCUUCUUGGUUGUGGAAAAUUGGAUGAAACAACGGAAAGAAAACAAGCAAGAAGAGACCGAGGCUUAUGGAAACAACUUUCGGCCUAGGUCCCGGUAUUUGACGUUGUUUUUUAUUUUGGUUGAGGGAAAUUAGGAAAAGAAAAAUUUAAAGUGGCUUAUUAAGUGAUCAAAUUAAUGAUAAUAAUAACAAUACGCGUUUUUGAAUAUUCAACACUAUUAUAUCUUAGAAACCAAAAUCAAAUGUCCUACUAUGAACGAACAUUUCCAGGAGAAUGUUUGGUAAAAAAUGGCAUCACAUUGCGUUUAGGGAUGGCCAAAGGAUGCACUGAACUUUCGACAAUUUACACUACAAAUAAGCAAUUUUUUCAACAGGUUUACAAGAAAUCAAACUGAAACUGCUUACUUCCCUAAUGUACAUCGAUGGUGGCUUGCUCACAACGAACAUAAAAUUACUUUCCCAGUUUUUAGUGAAGCUAAAGUACAUAGCGACAGUUCAUACAGUCUGUGGAAAAAAGAAGCACAGAGACGUUAGUCAGUUGAUUUAAAAAAUGAGCACACAUAAAUAAAGUGCAUCUUUUCCAUCCCUUUCACGAAAAGUGAUAAUAGAAAGACAUGUUGGUAUGUACACAAGAAAAAACAUGAACAAAAAAUCUUGAAGUAUGAAGUUUUUAACCUUGCUACAAAACAAAAAAAAAGUUUCUGCAGAAUAUUUAGGAUAGAUAAACAUUACGUACGUAAGACUUCCAGGUAUUGCACUUGUGUGACCGUGACUUGUCUGUGCAUAAUUACAUAAACGAUACCAAUUUCAAGUAGCCUAGAAAAAAAACGAAAUAUAUAUCAAAUAUAUUACGAUCCAGUAAAAUUCAAAGAAGAAAAUAAAAUAUUUUCUUGUAUUCUCGUAUCAAUAUGUUCCGAUUCGGUAGCAGUUUUUAUCUUAUCACAUCGACUAAACCUAAACAAAAAAAAGAUAUCAUCUAAACUAAUUGAAGUUUUGUAGAAAUUGAAAAGAUGAUCAUUUAUCAAAUUGGCUACGGGCCAAAAAUUGGCAAACGUUUGUGAUCAAUUAGAUUUGUUCUUAAAGUUUGAUAGAUACUAGAUGGUGAAACAAAAAAAAUAUAAAAAAAACAAUUUUAACAGUUUGAAUUGUUACAGAUUGAUCAGGAAUCCUGUCACUGUUUUGAAAAUAGCAUGACAGUAGUAGAGAAAUCAGGUUUGAAGUGAAAGUAAAUAAUCUAACAGAAGCACAUUUCCAUUCACGCGUCAAUUCUUAACGGAUAUAAAUCACGGUUACAAAAAAAAUAUACAAGCUACUACAAAGCACUAUUUUACUCCAAAAAUGUACUAAUUAGGUUAUCGUGUUGCAUGCAAGUUUGCAUUUCUCAUACAAUUAAUGACUAUAAUCCAAACAAGAAACACUCCAAAAAAAACCAGUUUCAAUGCAGUUCUGUUUCCGUAUCGUUCCAUUAAAUCGCAGCAUGCUCUGAGGCACCGGUAGUCAGCAUGACGAUAAAUGAAAAUUUUUUUAUCGCUACACCUACGCUGCUAUACAAGUGUAGUGGAACAAUUAAAAAAAAAAUACGGAAACACUAUUCAAAUCUUUUUCGAACAACACAUCAUCCCUGUUUUGCAUCUUUAUUCUCAUAUUGCUCUCACAUAAGAAAAAAAAUACCAACCUAUUGUUUUGACAUAGCAACAUAAAGGAAUACAUUAAACACAGUAACGGAUGAGCAAUGUUUAGCGGAUUAGUAAGCGGAGGCAAAGUAUUAAACUAGGUGGAAAUGAAGGAGCGAAAAUACGGAAACUCUGUCACAUAUGUGAGAGGCUUUCCAUCAUCAGAUAAGAUUGAAACAAAGCGGUGCAAAACAAAUUCAUACUUAUUCUUACCAUUAUUACCCUAUGAAUAGUUAUAAAACUGAAACGAACAACGGUAUUCUGUCAGUGGAUGAAGAGAAUCAAUAAAGUACACGAUAAAGUGAACCAUGUCAAUGAAAA